AUGACACAUGUAAACAACAUCCUGGCAAGUAUACAGCAUAGCCUAAACAAGGCACUGUUGUUUACAACAUUACGUGUAGACGCAUGCAUAUACCUGGCAAGUAUACACCACGGCCUAAACAAGGUAGCGUUCAACGGUAUGCGCCCUUCCCUGGAUGAACUCCUGGUCUCGGAGCGCUGCCCACUCAAGCUGUGUCGUCUGCUGGUAGCGUGCUGGGAGACGGAUCCGGACCGACGGCCCGCGGCUGCGGAGGCAAUCAAGGAGCUGGCGUUGAUCCUGCGCCUGAAAACCGCCCCAGGAAUCUUGGGUUAUCCUGCACUAAUUUUGGUGCUUGCUUUGUAG